AUGGUCAGUGAUCUGCACCAACCACUACAUGUCGAGGCAAAGUGCCGAGGGGGCAAUGAUCUCCACGUUUGCUUUGACAAUCGCUGCCCCGAGACGAAGAACCUUCACAGUGUGUGGGAUACCGAUAUCCCUCAUAAAAUCAACGGUCUUAAGGAUAAGCCGAAGCACAACGAUGAAAAAAAGCCUGCUUUGAAGUGGGCCGAGAAGUUGUUCCAGUCUCACGGAUUGAGGCCCCUUCAGGCAGAAUGCACUGACACAAAAAGACCAUUGAAAUGCCCUAUGAUAUGGGGAACCGAAACAAACAGACUGAACUGUGAUUUCGUUUUCAAAAAUGGCAUUGAAUGGCUCAAGAAUAACGACCUGGGUGGAGAGUAUUACGAUGAAGCUGCUCCUAUUGUGCAGGCACAGAUUCUCAAAGCAGGAAUUCGCCUGGCCGUGUGGUUAAAUGCUUUGGCAACUGACAGAGCUUCAUCGCGGGAGAGUCGCCAUGGUCAAUAUGGAAAGAUGAGAACUCAAAAGCAGUUAUAG